CGGUAACAUAUGGGUAGUUUGAAAAUUUUCUCACAUUUUGGGGGUAUAUAUUUUAUUGAUCCUCCAAGCAUUGAUCAUGGGGAUUUGUCUAUUCUUAAUUUUACCAAUUUAAUGGAUCGAAAGAGAAUAAAUUAAGCUAUGAUGGAUGAAAGUUUCACUUUUCCAUCGAAGGAUUUUAUGGCCAAAGAUGUCGAGUUGAAUUCUCUUCCUUUGCAUGAUCAGCUAAAGGUGGAUGAUCUUUUUCUUCAAGAUGACCUUCAGGUUACGCAAAAAUUCACCAGCUACUGUUUGGUAUUCUCAAUCGUUUAUUCAGUGAUCACUCCUCCAAGUUCAAAUGACACUUCAACAAAACGUAUCAUUGACCCUCCCACCACAAAGUAUCCUAUCUCCUCUCCAAUUACUCAUGAUUCCGAAUAUGAUGCUAGUAUGAGCAGUGAUGAAUCUGAAGCAUAUUUAGUUGAGAUAAUAAAACUUUCUGUCGAAGGCUCUUUUGCAGAAGCAUUUUAAAGUCUUUUUCGGUUUUGACAAAAGGAAUUCAGUUGAAGCUUCAUAAUCAGUAACAAAGUAUCCUUCAAUUCCUCCCAAAUUCUAUUCCUUAAUUGAGGUUUGUGGAUUACAUAUGAAAGAAAUCACUCCUCUAUCACCACAAAUUAAGAUAUAAUUGUGUUUUACUCAUCUAUUUUGAUUGUCCAACAAUGAGAAUUACUUAUUGGUAAUCCAGUCUCUGGCGCCUUUUACUUUUUCAUGUUGUCUUGAAGAUCAUUUUUAGUUUCAAUUUUUUAUUCAUUUUAGAGUUUGAAGGUUGCCUAUUUUUUGGAAGGUUACAGGGAUGUUUACUUUGGUGGUUUGGAGUUCUGUUCGGUUAGGCGUAUUUGAGUAGGUUCGCAGUUGUCAAUCUCCUCUCCUUUUUGGAGCCCUGAGUUCUUGGCUUUAUUUUGAUGUUUCGAUUGAAUAAUUAUUUUAGGCUGUUUGUUGAAGAGCAUUUAGUAUUAUUUGGAUUGUUAACAAUAUCCUUCUUUG